AUGCUUCGACUUUUUGCCCAGACUGCACUUCCGAGGCCGAACCCAACUCCAUGGAAUGAUGAUGCUGGCCCCGAUCGGAUGGAUCAUGACUUUUCAGAUCCGAGCAUUGAAUACAUUUACGGCAUCACGACGAAUCUUGCUAGGCUGAUAAAGCGAAUAUACGAAUUAACGCAGCAUCUUGCAUUUUACAACGGCAGAGAGUACCCCACAACUCUCUUAGCAGCGUGCGAGGAGCUGGGAGAUCAUUUGAGUUCUUGGAAUAUUGAUAUAGAGCCAUUCUCAGCGAUAGGUACUGAGAGGGAGGAUGCACGACAGGUCGCUCGGGCGCAGUCAAGGGCAUUCCAUUCUGCUGCUUUGAUUUACUACUAUCGAUCUGUCCAGAACUGCAAGCGGGAAUACCUUGACACGGAGCAAGAAAAUACCCUCCUUGCCAUGAACGAGGCCGAAGAGUUGAAGAUCCAUCUGAUCAAGGGUAGCUCUGCGCCGGCUCCACUCACAUGGCCGGCCUUUAUUGCAUCAUGUGAGGCGAUAGGCGAGUAUCGCCAGCGAUGGAAUGAGUGGUGGACCCGUGUUGAAAAAUAUCGACUGAAGAAUUUUUCGAAACAGCAUAGUAUUGUGCAGCAGGUCUGGGGCAAGCUUGACAGAUCAGGAUCCCCCACGGAUUGGCGCGACGUGCUUGCGGAAAUGAAUUUCAGGAUCAUUCCGGUGUAA